AUGGCGUCGGGGUGCCGGAUCGGGCCGUCCAUCCUCAACAGCGACCUGGCGGCGCUGGGCGCCGAGUGCAGCCGCAUGCUGGACUGCGGGGCCGACUACCUCCACCUGGAUGUAAUGGACGGACACUUCGUCCCGAACAUCACCUUCGGCCACCCCGUCGUGGAGAGCCUGCGCAAGCAGCUGGGCCAGGAGCCCUUCUUCGACAUGCACAUGAUGGUUGCCAGGCCAGAGCAGUGGGUGAAGCCAAUGGCUGUCGCUGGCGCCAACCAGUACACCUUCCAUCUAGAAGCUACGGACAACCCGGGGGCGUUGAUAAAAGACAUUCGGGAGAACGGGAUGAAGGUUGGCUUGGCCAUCAAGCCUGGCACUACAGUUGAACACUUGGCACCUUGGGCCAAUCAGAUAGACAUGGCUUUGGUGAUGACGGUAGAACCUGGAUUCGGAGGGCAGAAGUUUAUGGAAGACAUGAUGCCAAAGGUCCAGUGGCUGCGGACACAGUUUCCCUCGUUGGAUAUUGAAGUGGAUGGAGGCGUUGGGCCUGACACCAUCCAUAAGUGCGCAGAGGCAGGUGCAAAUAUGAUUGUAUCUGGCAGUGCUAUUAUGAAGAGCGCAGAUCCAAGAUCUGUGAUCAAUCUUCUAAGGAAUGUGUGUUCAGAAGCAGCUCAAAAGCGCUGUCUGGAUCGAUGAGACCUACCCGAGCAGUGUUCAAGAAGGCUCUGUGCGUGCAGGAGAACCCUUGUUUCUUGUGCGUAAGGGAGGGCUGGAUGAACGUUAAUUACGGAAACUUGUUGCUGCUGAACAGAGGAAUCAUUCCUUCGCUGCAAUGAAGCAAGCAGCAGUGAAAAACAUUCUGGCUGUCUUUCAGGGUUGGAAAUGCAAUGGUUUGAACCUGUCUCUUGAUUCUGUGGAGGCUAAUUUUAUGGCACAACCUAUGAUGCUGGCUGGAUUGAACUAAACUUCAGUCAGUUUGUUUGCUUGCUAGAAGAGUGUAGCAUCACCACAAGCAAUCUCUCUUGUGGAAGACUCUAAUCAAACUGCCUUCUGCUGUCUGUAUUUUGUCAUUUGAUCUGUGCAUUCCUACAAAACUUUGCCAAUAUCUGCAUUAAACACCCCUCCCUUGG